UAGAAUUCUAUAUCAUUUAUUAUUAUUAUUUAAAAAUAAAAAAAAAUCACAAGUUAAUAACACAAAUAAAAUAUUGGAUUAAUUUACCGAGAAAAAUACGAUAAAAAAUGGAGUCAGCAACGGGCUUCAUUGAUGAACGCCAAGAUGUACAGAAGAAAACUUUCACAAAGUGGAUAAAUGGAUACUUGUCAAAGACAAAUGCGACACCAGUCCGUGAUCUUUUCAUGGACUUGCGUGACGGAAAUCGUCUUUUGUCCUUGUUGGAGGUGAUGACAAACAAAAAAUAUAAACGCGAAAAAGGUCGGAUGCGAGUUCAUCACAUCAACAACAUCAACAAAGCACUUGACGUAAUCCGCGGAAAUGGCGUCAAACUCGUAAAUAUCUCAAGUAACGACAUCGAGUCCGGCAAUGAAAAACUCACCCUUGGUCUCAUUUGGCUCAUCGCCCUCAGCUUCGACGGCCAAAAACUAGUCAGCUCGCAAGCCGUUAGUGGCAUCGAAAAAUCCCUCCUCUCCUGGGUUUGUCAAUUCACGGAGCCACAUGGUCUCAAAGUAACGGAUUUCUCCUCAUCGUGGUCCGAUGGCUUGGCAUUUCUCUACAUUUUAUACGAAAACAUUCCAAAAUUCGAUUUAACGGAGGCUUGCAAGUUACAUCCGAUCGCACGUCUUCGCAUGGCAUUCGAUUUGGCAAGUCGCCACUUGCAAGUGGAACAACUUUUGGAGCCCGAAGACGUGAAUACGACAAAACCCGAUAAAAAGAGUGUCCUGAUGUAUGUGAUGUGCAUUUAUAAUGCGAUAGAUUCGAAAAAGCAUGAGCUGGGCGAGAUGCGACAACUGGCCGAACAUGCGGGAAGCACCGAAGAAAUGCAAUUGUUGGAUGAAAAAGACAUGGAUGUGCGAGAUGAGGUCACAAAAUCGCAAAAUUACGACGACGAAGGUAAUAUUUUGCCAAUGCACGCCGGAAAUCUCACGCAAUUGGAUGAAAUUUCACUCGCCAAGUCGAUUGAAGAUCUCCGUCAAUUCCCGUUCCAACGAAAUUCCGUGCAUAUCGACUCCAACGUCAACAUUGUUCGCAGUAUUGAACACGCGGAAACAGUAAAUUCCGAUUUUAAGCUAAACGAAGCCCGUUUAAGCACGGGAGAGUUACUUUUACCGCAAAACAAGGGCGACACCCAAUUCUACUGGGAACAAAAAUCAUCGCGACCCGUUUCGACAGCCACAAAUUUCUCCAUCGAAAUUACCAGUUACGAAACGGCAGUCGAAGAAGUCCUCACUUUACUCCUGCGCUCCGAGGAAAUUGUCUCCAAAGAACUAAAAACCGCCACAAAUCUCACCGAAGCGCGUCAACAAUUCCACGAACACGAAGAUUUCAUGCUGAAACUCUCGGAGCACCAAAGUUACGUGGGCGCGGCAUUGGAAGAAGGCGCCCGACUCAUUUCCGAAUCGCAAACCAGUCAAAAUGGCCUUUCGCUGGAGGAGCAAAACGAAAUUAAGCAUCAAUUAUUUCUGCUGAACGAGCGAUGGGAGACUUUGCGCCUCCGAGCACUCGAUGUUCAGGCGAAAAUCCAUUCGAGACUCGCGGAAUUGCAAUUCGAAAAAAUCGACGAGCUCAAAAAAUUUCUUACAGUCACGGAAGAUCGCAUUUCACGCAUGGGCGGAAUUGGACCGGGACCGGAAGAGCUGAAAAUUCAACUCGAGGAACACAAAAAACUCCAAUCUGACUUGGAAGAGCUCAAAAAACUCGUCGACGGGUUGAGUAAUUUGGUGGUAAUUGUCGAUUCCGAGAACUUUUCCGACCUGGAGGAUCGAUUAGCGGCUCUGGAGGAACGUUGGUCCCAUGUUCUCAAAUGGACCGCCAAACGUUGGGAUAAACUUCAAAAAGUAAAAGUUUGUUGGAUCAAGCUUUCAAUUUAUUACCAAAUCAUUUGUCGAUGGACUGAGGCCCGUGAACGGAGUUUAAUCUCCCUGGAGGGGCACGAAGUGAAAGAAGUUGGCGCGAUAAUGGAACGAAUCAACUACUUAAAGUUUUGUUCGAAGGAUUUGGGCGCCCUGCAAAAAGGAUUACACGAAUUAGACGAAGUUGUGAGCUCGUUACAGAAAAGUGGAUGCACCGCCCCGAACAUCACCGACAAAAUCGAGCAUUUAAACGACCGUUGUGAUGCCUUAAAAGAAAUUUUGGAGGUCCAACAGAGCCGAAUCGAGUCAGUUGGGUUCCAAAUUCCACAAAAAACGCGAAAACAAUCCAUUCAACGCCCCCUUUCGUGGGAAGAUUUCGAAACGGAGUUGUAUAAAAACCUCAAUGCCGCCAACGAAAACAUGGAAAGUGCGGAAUUGAAGCCAAUUUCACUCGAUCAGUACGAAAAUGAGAGUUCGUCAAGCAAAAAACGCAAAUUGGAACAGUCCGAGAACGUGGUGCAACUCAACGAAAGCAUCAACGAGCUAAUUAAUUUCUUCCAAGACAUCGAAUACAAGUUUGACGACUACUACCGGCACGAUCUGAAAACCCGUUCGUCAUAUUUGGACCAGCUAUCGCAACAAAUUCACCGUAAACGCGACAUUUAUUCCAAUGCGAAAAAUUUACUGGAGAAAUGUCGCACCGAACCAAAUGCCGAUCUGUCCAUCGAGGAAACGCAAAUCACCGAUAUCGCCACCAAAUACGAGAAUUUGGGUCACAAACUGGAAGGCUUGAAUGUCCGGUUAAAGGAAGACCUGCAAAAAGAAAAUUUUUACAAGAAUUUAACGGGAUUCAAGCUCGUACUAGCCGACAUGCGCGACUGGUUCAACGGCAAUUUGCGUCAUUCGGGCAAAGAUGAGCUCGAAAAGCGCUUAAAAAACAUGGAAUCGCUCUCGCCGGACAUCAGUAACACGCGAUCGCUUUGCACGCCCGAAAAUUCCUCCGAUUAUCGCGAAUGGCAACGAGAUUUUUCGCAAUUCGAGGAAAGUUGGAACGACAUGAAACGAGCAAUAACGCGACUGAUUCAAGAAAAAGGCGGUUUUGACUACGUAAAUGCCAAGGUGAAGGAAUUGGAAGCUUUUAUUGCGAAAGUUAAUGACUCACCUGUCGUUUAUUCCAACAUGGAAACGAUGAACGAGAACCUGGAACGUCUGCAAAGCCUUUCGACGGAAUACAAUGAGCUCAACGACAUUUUCGAGCAUGUCUAUGACAAAAGUGCCGUCGAGACCAUCAGCGAUCUGAUCGUGAAUUGGGAAAAAACUGUCAACACAAUACACGAAAAAGUCAUUAAGCAGCAGACGGCGAUCGAGAACUUGAAUCACUUCAAUAACGAGUACCGGUCGAUACAGGCGAGCAUUGACGAGUUGAAAAAAACAUUAACAAGCGACGUUUUUAUCUUUGGCGAAAUUAAAACGCUGCAAAAGAAGUCGAAUGAGUACGAAAAGCACGGUACAAGUCUCAAAAAGAUCGAAAUCGACAUAAUUAGCAUCAAGAAUUUCAAUGAGAUUCUUAUCAAAAACAGCGAUGACGAAUACAAGAAAGUUCUUCUCGGCAAAAUUAAAAAUUUAAAAGACCAAGAAAUGGAAUUGAAAAAUUUGAUUGAAACGAAUGUCGUGAAAUUAGACCAAAUUACCGCGCGUUCGGAAGAAAUUUUAGGAAGAGUUAAUGAAAUGGAACUUUGGUUAAAUGACUUGGAGAAAAAUACUCCGAAAAAUCAAAAUUCCGAAAUUUAUAACAUUAAUGAGCUGUUCCAGAUAAAAUCCAAGUUUCAAACGCUUAAAGAGCAAUGUGAACAGAUGACGAUCAAAUUUCGCGAUUUGAAUGAGACGGGAAGCGAUAUUUUGUUGCAAAUUGAUGAAGUUAUUCAUUUAAAUGUCGAUGGAAAAGCGUCUUAUUUGGCGAAGAAAUUUACGAAAUUAAAUGCGCGAUGGAACGAGGUGACGUCGAAGGUUUAUACGAGAACUGCCGUUCUGGAGCAUGUUGCGGGGCAAAUUGGGGAGUUUAAGACGCUGAUUGCGGCAGAAACAGGUUAUUUUGAUAAACUGGAGAAACUUUUGAGGAAAAGUCCAGAAAAUGCUGCCGAUGCUGAGGAAAUAUCGGAAGAGCUUGAUGAUCUCGAAAACUACCUUCGCAAUCACUCCGACUCCCGUCUCGAACGCAUCCAGGAAAUCGGCAACGAGAUUAUCCAGCUGGAAUUCAUGUCGGAAUCGAUUGACGUUGAAAUCCGUGACGUCCUUGACCGGUACAAUCAAUUAAAUCAUCAGGCGAAACAAAGAACGCAAAUACUAGAAAAGGCAAUUACAGAAGCUCAGAGCUCUGAAUCACGUGUCUCCAAUUUCCAAAAGUGGAUAAAUCAUGUCGACCAAAUGUUGAAUGAAUUUUAUGAGAAUGACACGACGAUUGAAGAUGUGCCGCAUGAUUUUCAGCGCCUGAAUGAGGAAUUCAAAGCGAAUGAAACUGUCCUCGAGGAAAUGCGCGGUCAGGUAUCCACGUAUCGCAACGAUGGAAAAAUCGAGGCUGCCAAACGUUACGAAGAUCAAAUAAAUUUGCUGCAAACUCGUUUCGAGUCACUUCAAACGAAACUCGAGGAAUUUACGUCACCCCAAGCAGCCUACGAGUCGCGACUAAAUCGAGCCAUGGCCGAAUUACGGAGCAUCGAACGGAAUUCUUGCAUCUUGGAUGCCACUUCAGCGGGUCCGGAACAUGUCGACGACCAAUAUCAGCAUUGCCUAAAAUUAUAUCGUCUUUUGUCCGAAGUGAAAUCCGAGACAGAAAGUGUAAUUAAAACAGGUCGGAAGCUUUGUGAGGAUCCAAAUACGAAAAAUCCGAAAAUGCUUCAUCAGCGAAUUGAUGCCCUGAAGUUUUUGUAUAACGCAUUGGGUGAACAUGUGACGAAAUCAAAGCUGGCAUUGGAGGAAAUACGAAAACUUAAUGCAACUUUGAGGGAGUCUUUGAACAAAGUCCGGCUGUUUUUGGAUGAGCGAGAGAAUACGGCACCGCAAAGUGAUAAAAAUAAUGUUUCCGUGCAAGAAGCGGAAGAGUCGCUCAUUAAAGCGAACCAAUUGUUUGAAGAAUAUAAGCAAAAAUGUGACGGCAUUUAUUUGGAAGAGCUCAAAAGUGAAGUAGAUGGCUGUAAUAAGAGACUUUUGGGGGUUUUGGGGAGCGAUGUGGAAAAAGUCCUCAAAGAAAUGCGCAGUACUUUGCAAAAUUUGGAGAAUUUAUCGCCAGAGACACUCAAGGAAAUGGAACAAGAUUUGAAAUCGAUGGACGUUAAAACGAAGGAAAUUGAAAUUCUUCACAACGAAGUAUAUCAGCUGAUUCAGCAUGUAAACCUCACGUGUAACUUACAGGACAAAAUUUCCGGCACCAACAAGCACGACGACACCGAAAUCGUCGUUGUGAGUGACACAGUACGGCAACGUCGGGCUAGAACUCCAUCGCGAACCUCGUCUGUCUCGUCCGAAUCAGCAAUGGUGCAGCAGCAACAACAACAAAACGUCAUGCCGGACCUCCUGCCACCACAAACAUUUAUGAUGAACGAGAGAAGUUUGCGUUCUCCCAACUCCUCAAAUGAAACAAACGAUUUUUCCGUCGUAGAGAUCCGCGAAACGGAACUAACUUCCACGAAAAUGACCGUGCAGAACAUAAAUGUUGACAAAAAUGGAGAAAAUUCGAGAGUGCAACAUCACAUUUUGGAAAGUUGUCGCACUUUUGAGCCCGAAUACGUGGAAACAGUGAAUAUAAUUGACGCUUCGUCCGACACUGAUACCGGAUCGACCCCAAAUUUGGUGGAACGGAAGAAAGUUGCAGCAGUUCCCGAGUCCGAUGAAAGUCCAGAUGAACUGGAAUAUGAGCUGGAACGAGAAUUGGAGUCAAUUAACAAGUUAAAUCCUUAUAGCUCGGUGUCGGAAGUCGAUAUUCGGAAGACAAAAGUGAUUACGGUGGAAAAACAACGAAUUUCCUUCGAAGAACGUGGAUCCAAUCCCCGAGGAUCGAAAGAUCGAGACUUGUUGGAUGACGAAAGUGGUCCGCAACAAGAAAAUAUGAGAAAGCCACACGAAAUUAUUUGGGAAAGAGAUAGUUUUUACAAUACUGACAACGAAAAUGACGAACCUUUGGCAUUUUCCGAAGAUGAAGACAUUCCAAGAUACUCAAUGGAGAUGGCAACCGAUUCCGAUAGCGAUGUGAGUCGCAUCGAGACCCCGAACGUGUCGAAAGUCACCCCAAAAGAGCUCGAAUGUCUCCCAAAGACACCCGAAGUCCAUCAUCGUCCGGAGCAAUACAAAUUUAUGAUCUCCCUGGAGCAACGAGUCACUGAAUUCGAAAAAGCCGCCAACUACAUGGUGAAAAAUCUUCAAAAAACGCGCGAUAUGAUCCGAGAAUGCACCGACGGACAACCCGUAGUCGAGCAAUUGAAACUUUCCAUCACUCCCGAUGCCGCUACGUUAAUUUCUCAAGGCGAUACUCUCGUCUUCGAGGCACAUGGCAAAUCAAAUGCCCUCACAAAACGCCUAAUUAACAUCCAAACGACGUUGCGGGACAAAUUUAAGGAAGUUCAACACACAAAACCCGACAUGGAGGCAUUUAUUGACCCAAAAGUCCUGGACAAAGACAGUUCGCAUCACCCCGAGAACGAAAAUCAGAAUCAACCGAAGGAAAAAUUCUGCGGCGACAAGAAAUUCCCGACAGACUUGAUCGCGAACAAGCCCAUCGACUUGGAAGAAAUGGCGGAAAAGUUGAUCAAACGUGUCAAUGAUUUGCUUAACAAGCCACUUAAUUACCGGUCGCAACACGAAUUGGUCAAUAGGCUGCGCGACAUUCGUGAAAAGGAAGAAGACUUGAAUUUAGCGAUAAGCAUGGCCAGUAAACCGAGUCCCCUGACGAAGCCCAAUCCGCUGGGACUCAUCAAGCCACCAAAGCGUACCAUCAAAGUGAAAUCCAUCAUUGAAAAAUUCGAGCAAUCGAAGAAAGAUUUGUCGGAACAAUGUGACGCCGUUACCUCGGCCUUGUCUGAUUUGAAUGAGGAAGUUGCUUCAUCGACUCCCAAGUCACCGACGCCGAGACGCACUUCGUUGCCAAAAGUUAAGACUGUGAAGACCGAAACAACGACGGAAACGACCAAAGCUGUCAAAACGAUUACGGUGCCGAAGAAAAAAGUCGUUGCCAGUGCGAAAAAGGGAGUCACGGAAAAAGAUGAAAAAACCAAGGAAACCCCGGAAGAACCGAAAAAAGAAGAAGAAGAAGUCAAAAAGACAAAACCGAAAGCAUUAAAAGUCAAAAUUGACAACAAAGACGAACCGGAGCAAAAGAAAAGCAAAAUUCCGGAUGCCACGGAGGCAAAACCGAGCAAAAUACCGAAAAGUAAGGAAACGCCAAAAACGCCCGAACCCGUCGCAGAGCCCAAAGUAGAAACGCCGGUCAGUAAAAUUCCAAUGCCAGUAACGACGUCGACUCCCAUCGCGGAAAAGCCUGUUUCUACGCCGGAAGAGCAAAAACCUACAGCAGCUCCCAACAAAAAAGCGCGUUUAGUGAGAAAUUUGUCCGUUAGCACCGAAGUCAGUCAAACGCUGAAUCCGACAGACGUUGUGAUAAAUUUAAAUAACAAAGCCGAUGAAAAAGCAAAGAAAAGUGAAAGUGAAAAAGUUAAAGAGAAAGAAAAUGUUGAGAAAAAAGAAGAAAAGCCACCUGUUGAAGAGGUUAAAGUUGAAACGAAAAAAGAUGAAAAAGUGAAAGUCGAAGUGAAAAAUGAACCAAAGAGCGCAAGUCCGGCGGAAACUGCGCCAAAAGUGGUUGAUGUCGUGGAAAAGGAGCCAUUAUCGCCGCCACCACCACCGACAAUCGUUCAAAGUAUUCGUAAACAAAGCAUCACCGAUUCACCCUUGAAUGGACGAAAAGAUUCAGCAUCUGAGCCAUAUGUUCCGGGAUCUUUCUUGCAAAGAACCAAGCAGCAACAGCAACUUAAGUCAUCGCCACCCACAGCAACACUUCUCGCCAGCUUCGAUAAAUCCAUUUUGCAAGUGACUGAUUGGCUGCUCGCGGAAAAAGAAAUGUUGCGAAAACAGGUGUCGACCGUGGGUGACAUCGAUGGCAUCUUGAAAGCCAUCGAGAAGCAAAAGAGUGUCUUACGUGAACUUGAAUUCAAGAAGCCGCAACUGGAUGAGCUUGUACACACAGCGGAAGCGCUUAAAACUGACGCUAAUCGGCAGCAACUCCAAACGAAAGUUUCCCGGCUGCGCGAACAUUGGGAUGAAACAUCACAAGCCGUACUUCAAAGGAAAUCACAAUUAGCUGCAAUGCUGGGUGAUUCACAAAGAUUCGAGGCGAAACGCUUGGAGAUCGAAGCAUGGCUGACACGGAUGGAAAGUCGCUCGGAACGCAUGGGUGUCGUUGCUACCACAGCGGAUGUCCUGGAAGCCCAACAAAAAGAACAAAAGUCUUUCCAUGCCGAACUCCAUCAGUACAAGCAUCAAAUUGAAUUAUUCAACCAAUUGACACAGAAAUUAAUUGCUGUUUAUCCAACGGACGAUACGUCACGUAUCAAACGCAUGACGGAAGCUGUUAAUCUCAGAUACAACAAUUUAAAUAACGCCGUAGUUUCACGUGGAAAAAUGUUGCAUGCUGCAGUACAUUCAUUACAGUCCUUCGACAGACACCUGGAUCAGUUCUUGGCGUGGCUGAGCGAGGCAGAGUCUUUGUGUGAAAAUACUGAAGCGGAAAUCGAACGAAAUCCAUUGGGAGUUAAGGAUUUGCAGUCUGAAAUUGAAACUCAUCGUGUUGUGUAUGAUCGCCUUGACGGUACCGGCAGAAAACUAUUAAGUUCAUUAACGUCGCAAGAGGAUGCUGUCAUGCUACAACGGCGUCUCGAUGAGAUGAAUCAACGUUGGAAUCAUUUAAAAACGAAAAGUAUUGCAAUCAGAAAUCGCUUGGAAUCAAAUUCGGAACACUGGAAUGCACUUUUGUUGUCGUUGCGGGAACUAACGGAGUGGGUAAUACGCAAAGACACGGAAUUGUCAACGUUGGGAUUAGGUCCGGUGCGUGGUGACGCAGCAAGUUUACAGAAGCAAUUGGAUGAUCACAAGGCAUUUAGACGUCAAUUAGAAGAUAAACGACCCAUAAUUGAGACUAAUUUAAUCAAUGGACGACAAUAUGUAGCUAAUGAACCCCCAUUAUCGGACACAAGUGAUACGGAAGCUCUCACAGACGGCGAUUCACGAUAUUUAUCGACCGAGGAACAGAAUCGAGAAUUGACACGCAGCAUUCGACGAGAAGUAGCGAAACUUUCGGAACAGUGGAAUCACUUAAUUGGUCGUUCCGAUAAUUGGCAACAUCGUUUAGACGAGUACAUGACGAAAAUGCGUCAAUUCCAGAAAACACUUGAAGACUUGGGAUCCCGCGUCGCAUCUGCCGAAACGACAAUCCAAUCGUGGCAAGCGCCACAAACUGCCUCUGACGCUGUUGACCAAAUGCAACAUUUACAGAGGUUACGUGACAAAAUGACGACCGCAGGCGCCCUCCUCGAUGACUGUAACGAGCAACAGGCAUUCUUUACAGCGAAUCACGUGCUCGUUCCGAAUCAGUGUCUCGCGAAAUUGGAAGAUUUGAAUACAAGAAUGAAAUUACUUCAAAUCGCCAUGGAUGAACGACACAAAGUGCUCGUGGCAACGGGCGGCAGCGCAAUCAGCCAAAGCAUGUCCGAGAGUGGAAGAUCUUCGCAAACAGGCACUGGCACAAUUGGACCCGUGCCGAAUUUGUCAGUCAGCGUGAAGCCACCGUGGGAACGGGCAACGACACCGGCAAAUGUGCCUUACUACAUCAACCACGAACACGAAAACACCCAUUGGGACCAUCCAGAAAUGAUUGAAUUGAUGAAGUCGUUGUGUGAGUUGAACGAAGUCCGAUUCUCGGCCUACCGAACAGCCAUGAAACUGAGAACUGUUCAAAAACGCUUAGCAUUUGAUCGGGUUUCAAUGAACACAGCUAUCGAAUCGUUCGAUCGUCAUGGCUUGCGGGCACAAAAUGAUAAAUUGAUCGAUAUCCCGGACAUGACGACGGUGCUGCAUUCGUUAUAUGUCACCAUUGAUAAUAUCGAUUUGCCACUCAUGCUUGACUUAACAAUCAAUUGGAUACUGAAUGUGUACGAUUCGCAGCGAACGGGUCAGAUUCGCGUGCUGAGCUUCAAAGUCGGCUUAAUUAUUUUGUGCAAGGGACAUUUGGAUGAGAAAUAUCGUUUUCUUUUCCGACUAAUUGCUGAUCCCGAUGGCAAAGUUGAUCAGCGAAAGCUUGGAUUGUUGUUGCACGAUUGCAUUCAAGUUCCGCGUCAAUUGGGAGAAGUGGCGGCUUUUGGUGGUUCCAACAUUGAACCGUCUGUGCGUUCCUGUUUUGAGCGAGCUGGCGGCUUAAAUGCCAAUGGCGAGUUACUGGAAAGCUCCAUUGAGGCACAACACUUCCUCGGAUGGUUGCAACACGAGCCCCAAAGUUUAGUUUGGUUGCCGGUAUUGCAUCGCCUCGCAGCGGCCGAACAAGCGAAACAUCAAGCCAAAUGCAACAUUUGCAAGGAAUACCCGAUAAUUGGGUUCCGUUAUCGUUGCUUGAAGUGCUUCAACUUUGACAUGUGUCAAAAGUGCUUCUUCCUCGGACGCAAUGCCAAAAAUCACAAACUAAGUCAUCCGAUGCACGAAUAUUGCACCACGACGACAUCCACGGAAGAUGUUCGCGAUUUUACUCGCGCACUCCGAAACAAAUUCAAAAGUCGCAAAUAUUUCAAGAAACAUCCCAGAGUCGGAUAUUUGCCGGUGCAGAGUGUCUUGGAAGGUGAUGCUCUCGAAAGUCCCGCUCCGAGUCCCCAGCAUUCGACACAUACGUUGCAGAGUGACAUGCAUUCGCGAUUGGAAAUGUAUGCGUCGCGUUUGGCGCAAGUCGAGUAUGGGGGCACCCGAAGCAAUUCGACGCCCGAUAGCGACGAGGAACAUCAUUUGAUUGCGCAAUACUGCCAGUCACUGCCGAGCAAUGGACCAAAAUCACCGAUACAGGUAAUGGCGGCGAUGGAUGCCGAACAAAAGGAAGAGCUGGAAGCGAUCAUCAAAGACUUGGAGGAGGAAAAUAACGCGCUGCAAGCCGAAUACGAACGACUCAAGUCGAAACAAACGCCCUCGACAACGCCCGAUGCCGAGUCGCAAAUGUCGGGAGGACCGGACAUGAUAGCCGAAGCGAAACUCCUGAGACAACACAAAGGACGUCUCGAAGCGAGAAUGCAAAUUUUGGAAGACCACAACAGACAACUUGAAGCACAACUCCAAAGAUUACGGCAACUCCUUGACGAGCCAUCUUCCAACAAAGCAUCGACUCUCCAAACGCGAUCCGUGACAGCAUCGCAGUUGAACACCGAGUCUCCUGCUAAAUUGCAACAAAAUGGUCAUUACGACCAAAAUUCGAUAAACAAUAAACAAGCAGCAGAAAAUAAUCAAAAUAAUGCAGGACAAUCGACACAUUUAAAUAACAUUGCUGGUAACGGUAGUAACGGUAACGGCAUUGGUGUUGGUACUAAUAACAUAGGUUAUGGUCUACAAAAUAACGGCGAUACACGGCCACCACCUCCGCCGCAUUCAAGUCUUCUGCACAUGGCCGGUGACUUAAACAAAGCCGUCGAAGAAUUGGUCACAGUAAUUACAGAACAGGAACUUGAGCAACACAGCAAUGGACUCGAUGAUAUUCUGGACAAGUAAAGCAAUGUUAAUAUAAAUUGAAAGCAACUUUCAAUUAAAAAAUUAUUUUUUUAAAUUAUUUCAAACAAAAAUAAAUAAAUGUUUUCCAACAAACACCUUAAAUUAAAAAUGAAACAAAAAAAACUUAAAAAGAAAUCCUUAAAAAUCCAUUAAAAUUUAUGAUUUUUUUCAUAUUUAAUUUUUUUUACAAAUGUAUGAUUUAUAUUUUUAUUUUGUAGCUAAUAAUAUUAUAUUAUACUAUGUUAUUAUAGAUAUGGGUUAU